AUGCCCAUUCUUCAACCCACGACAACCCCCGGCGCCGCGGUGCGCACCUUUCCGGUCCUUUUGAAAUGGGGCCUCACCACACGGCCAGGCGUCCACGCGUAUCCAAUUGGCGGUUCCUCGCAUGCGAGGCGGCGGCCGCGCCGCGCCGCUACGUUCCUCAGCGACGAGGAGAAGCGCGCGUGCGUCCGGGAUAAUGCCGCGACGCUGUACCACGACCUCGGCGUCGUCGCGUUUGACGGGUGCUCGUACCAGCAGGCGCGGAGGGUGGGCGAUAUCCUGGCCAAGACGGUCGCGUUGAGGGCGCGGAGGCGCGCGGCGGGGGUGGACGUGCCGGAGGAGCGCGCCCUAGAGGCGUUUGAGGUGUUUCCGGCGCUGUGGAAGCUGGAGGAGGAGACUUGGGGACAUCGACUGGAUGGUUGA